AUGGCACGCCAUCGAAAUAUCAGAAACAGAAGUUAUUCGGAUGACUAUGAUUACGAGGAUGUCUACGGACAUUCUGUUGAGGAUGAUGUUUGUUUAUCUCCAAGUGAGGCUGCUCAGUUUUUGUACGAUCGGUCAAGAAAUCAACACGCCAUAUCUCAAUUUUUAAAAUCUGAUGAUAUAUUAGAAGAAUCUGAGCAUGAUGACGACGUGGAUAACACUCGGCCUAACUUCGAGCGUCGUGAGUCCAUGGACCUGCGAGGGCUCAACUUGAGCGAGGAUGAUGAGACGAAACUCAUGUCGUGUCUAGACGAAUUAAGAAAUGUCUUAGGUGAUACAUUAUCAGAUAGCAUUCUCGUACACGAAGUUCUUAAACACAAAUUUGAUUAUAGUAAAGCCCUUGAUGGUAUACUAAAUAAUAAUAAACAGGAAAAUGCAAAUUUUAAACCAGAGAAACCAAAAGUGGUGAUUGAUUCAGCACCAAUACCUAUUUUGGAAAAAGCUCCUAUAAUUUCGACCAUUUCAGUUGAUAAACCAAUAUUAAUAGCAUCAAAACCUGAAGCUGUCAAAGGUUUUAAAAUAAAUGAUGAUACAAGCCCAAACAGUAGACCACAAACCCCACGAGAUCAGUCACCAGCUGUAGAAAGAAUUUCUUCACGUAAUGAUAACUUUGAUGAAUUGAGAUUUACUUCUAAAGUAAAGGAAAAUAAAGUAGACCCACAUACAAAAUUUUCCAAUGAAAGAGGAUCAGAUAAGGAGUAUUUAUACAUUGUGGUUAUUGGCCAUGUUGAUGCUGGAAAGUCUACUCUUAUGGGACAUUUGCUAUGUGAGCUAGGAGAGGUCAGUAAACGGACAUUGCACAAGUAUGAGCAAGAAAGUAAAAAGAUAGGAAAACAGAGCUUUAUGUAUGCCUGGGUUUUAGAUGAAACUGGUGAGGAGAGAGUUAGGGGAAUAACAAUGGAUAUUGGAAGAGCUCAGUUUGAAACUAAAACGAAAAAAGUAAUUAUACUAGAUGCACCAGGUCAUGCUGAUUUCAUUCCAAAUAUGAUAACUGGGGCAGGCCAAGCUGAUGUUGCACUGUUAGUUGUUGAUGCAACAAGGGGGGAAUUUGAGUCAGGAUUUGAUCUAGGCGGACAAACUCGUGAACAUGCUUUGCUUGUUAGAUCAUUAGGAGUUAACCAGCUAGCUGUUGCUGUAAAUAAAUUAGAUACUACUAAUUGGUCACAGGAAAGAUUCAAUGAGAUUGUCAAGAAGUUGAAAGUUUUUUUAAAGCAAGCUGGAUUUAAAGAUUCAGACGUCACAUUUGUUCCUUGUUCGGGACUGACUGGUGAAAACUUAGUAAAACCACCAUCGGAACCUGAAUUACUAGAGUGGUACAAGGGGCCUAAUUUACUUGAAGUAAUAGACAAAUUCAAUGUUCCAGAAAGGCCUGUUUCGAAGCCUUUAAGAAUGUCUAUUAAUGAUGUUUUUAAAGGUACUGGUUCAGGCUUUUGUGUGGCUGGUCGUAUUGAAAAUGGAAUACUCAAUAAGGGUGACAAAAUAUUAGUUUGCCCUUCAAAAGAGACAGCUGAAGUGAGAAACUUAGCCAUAAAUGAGCUGUCAACUAACAUAGCAUUUGCAGGUGAUCAAGUUUCCGUUACACUAUCUGGGGUCGAAAUGCAGAAUGUCUCAGUCGGCUAUGUAUUGAGUGAUCCUGUAAAUAUAGUACCUGUAACAUCACAUUUUGAAGCGAGGCUUGUAGUAUUCAAUGUAAAGGUGCCUAUAACUAAGGGAUAUCCAGUUUUACUUCAUCACCAAUCACUCGUAGAGUCAGCACACAUCAGUAAAUUAAAAGCCUUAUUAAAUAAAAGCACUGGAGAGUUAUUGAAGAAGAAGCCUAGGUGUUUAGGUAAUAAUUCAGUAGCUGUAGUUGAUAUUAAAGUCUGUCGCCCAAUAUGUAUCGAGCGUUACAAAGAUGUGAAAGAGUUAGGUAGAGUUAUGCUGCGUGUUUCUGGAGUCACUAUAGCAGCCGGCCUCGUCACUGACAUUUAUGUAGAUUGA